AUUUAAUUUUUAAAAUUGCCGCAGCUCCUCAUCCAUCUUCUUCCUUCUCUCUCUACUCCACCUUCGUUUUCGUUUUCUUCCUCACACCAUACCGGCCAAGACCCACUUCCGACUUCCACGCCGCCGCCGCCGCCGCCGCUCACUUCAUUCUCCCUAACGCCGCCGUCCUUAGCUUCGUCCAGAUCGCCGCCGGCAGGAGAGUGUGGGAGUUUGGUUUCCUCUCUCUCUCUCUCUACCCGGAUUUCUUUCUUUCUCUCUUUCGAGAUCAGCGCCGCCGCUUGUGGUGACAGCCGCCAUUGGGUGUUGCGGAGUUGUCGGUCAGCGUUCAAUCGGAGUAAGGUAAGGACACUCGAGGUGGUUGACAGGAGAUUGCCAUACUGGCCAUGGGGACAGAUUAGUCAUGAGCUUCCGCAUCAUUGAGGUGCAAUGGGGGUAUCAUUACUUAAAGUGCUUCUUAGGCAUAUAUCAUCAUUUCUUCAACUUUCAUCUUCUGACUACAUAAAUUUACAACCAACUCUGAAGUACUACCAUAAAAUAGAAGGGGCCUUGAAACUAUUGAGACCAAUACUGGAUGCGGUUGUUGAUUCGGAUAUAGCUUCUGAUGAAGAGCUUACUCAGGCAUUUGAAGAACUUGAUCAUUCAGUGGAUGAACUGAGGGUGCUCUUCGAAAAUUGGCAACCAUUGUCAAGUAAAGUAUACUUUGUGUUGCAAAGUGAAACAUUGAUAUCAAAGAUUGGGAAAUUUAGCUUGGAUAUAUUCCAGCUUCUUCAGUCUUCAAAUGAAAAUCUUCCAGAGGAGCUGAGUUCAAAAUCUCUUGAGCACUGCGUACAAAAAAUUAAGAAUAUUGGAAAGGAAGAAAUAUCUUCCGUUAUCAAAGAUGCCAUAAGAAAUCAAGUAGAUGGCAUUGCUCCCAGCUCAGAUGUUUUGGUUAAACUUGCGGAUUCCUUAAGCUUGAGAUCAAAUCAGGCGAUCUUAAUUGAGGCUGUGGCCCUUGAAAAAUUGAAAGAGAGUGCAGAACAAGCUGAAAAUACUGGAGAAGCAGAGGACAUUGAUCAAAUGAUUGCUCUUGUAACCCGUAUGCAUGAACGACUUAUUAUGAUAAAGCAGUCCCAAAGUACUAGUCCUGUAUCAAUACCUCCCGACUUCUGCUGUCCUCUUUCUCUUGAACUAAUGACAGAUCCAGUUAUUGUAGCAUCAGGGCAGACCUAUGAGCGAGUAUUUAUUAAAAAUUGGAUUGAUCAGGGGCUCAAUGUUUGCCCAAAGACCAGACAGACAUUGGUUCACACGAAUCUUAUACCUAAUUACACUGUUAAGGCUCUGAUUGCAAACUGGUGUGACACAAACAAUGUGAAAUUGUCUGAUCCCUCAAAGUCAGUGAACUUAAACCAGCUUUCUCCUCUUCUAGUUGGGAGCUUUGAGCCGGAUACCCAUCGAGAACCCCUUUUUCCUCAUUCCCCUGGCUACCAACCAAUGUCUCCUCAGUCAACCAGGUCUGCAGGUUCAGGAAAGAAUUUGAACUCACUUGGUGGAACCCAUCGAGAUGGAAGUUCUUCUUUGCUCUCCCACUCUCUGUCUGAGGAUUCCUUGUCAAAUGAUGCUGGAGAUGAACGAGGGAUUGAAGUUAGUAGACUGUUGCUUUCAAGUUCAGAAGAGCAAAUGACCAAAUUGGAAGAAAAUGGUUGUGAUCCAGUUGCUAAACCAUCUACGUCACCAUCUGGAACCAAUGUUCCAAAUACCUGUGGUGAGGAUGAACCGUCUCAUGGUCAUAACAGGUCUUCCUCCACUUCUAGUGGAGUCUCAAAUGCUAAUCACUCUCGAGGAACUUCAGGAGAAGCCAAUGAAGCUACACACUUGUCAACCAAUUUGACAGGUUAUGGCAGUGAUGCUGCUGGGGAGAGUAAAUCAGAGCCCUUGGCUGUUGCUGCCUCAUCAACCAACUACAGAGAACCAGAGCGGGAGCAUCCACCCAGACUAGCUGACCACCCAAGGCCUCGAGGUAAUACGAUGUGGCUCCGGCCUUCAGAGAGGUUUGCCUCUAGAAUAAUUACAUCAUCUGCUAAUGAGACAAGGCCGGAUCUUUCUGCUAUUGAAGCACAAGUUCAGAAGGUGGUAGAGGAAUUAAAAAGCAGUUCACUUGACACUUUAAGAGGUGCUACAGCUGAAUUGCGGCUGCUGGCCAAGCAUAAUAUGGAUAACCGGAUAGUGAUCGCCCAAUGUGGGGCCAUUGAUUAUUUGGUUGGUUUGCUCCUCUCCGAAGACUCUAAGAUCCAGGAAAAUGCUGUGACAGCACUUCUAAACUUAUCCAUCAAUGAUAAUAACAAAAGCGCAAUUGCCCAGGCUAAUGCCAUUGAACCUUUGAUUCAUGUUCUUAAAACUGGGAGCCCAGAAGCAAAGGAGAACUCAGCAGCAACUCUUUUUAGCCUCUCAGUGAUUGAAGAGAACAAGGUCAAAAUUGGAAGGUCUGGAGCAAUAGGACCUCUGGUUGAAUUAUUGGGCAAUGGAACUCCAAGGGGAAAGAAGGAUGCAGCUACAGCGCUGUUUAAUUUGUCAAUAUUCCAUGAGAACAAAGCUAGAAUUGUACAAGCUGGAGCUGUGAGGCAUCUUGUGGAGUUGAUGGACCCAGCAGCAGGAAUGGUUGACAAGGCUGUUGCUGUGUUGGCAAAUCUUGCCACGAUUCCCGAGGGUAGGUCUGCAAUUGGCCAGGAAGGUGGAAUUCCCGUUCUGGUUGAGGUCGUCGAGUUGGGUUCUGCAAGAGGAAAAGAAAAUGCGGCAGCAGCACUAUUGCAACUUUGCACAACAAGCAAUAGGCAUUGCAGUAUGGUGCUCCAAGAAGGAGCCGUUCCACCAUUAGUGGCAUUGUCUCAAUCUGGCACUGCUAGAGCUAAAGAAAAGGCCCAAGCACUUCUAAGCCAUUUCAGAAGCCAGAGACAUGGCAAUUCAGGAAGAGGGUAAAUUCUUUUAUAUGUCAAAUCUUAAAAUGCCAUCUGAGAUGUAUGAGAUAUUCAUGUACAUCUAAUGUAACAAAUAAUGCAUGUGAAGCUGUUUCUUGUUCCUUGAUUUUUUGCACUACAUUUUCCCCAAAAGUUGGAAGGCAGAGUGAAACAUUUGAAAAGGAAAAAAAAAAAAAAGAAAAAAAAAAGAAAAAUUACUUAAGAUUUAAUUAGGUUGUGUAAAAUAUUCCAGUCUAGUUGUUGAAUCAAUAAUUAUUAUUUGUAUCUCUGAUUUUGAACUUCUUUCCUCGAAAAAAAAGUUAAUAUGAUGUAUAUACUUGUAUUUUGUCA